CAGUCUCCGCAGCCUACGCGCGGAGACCGGUGGACUCGCCUGGGAAAGUGGCGGGGGCCUGCCGGGCUCGAGGAGCUGGGCCCAGGGCUCGCCCUGGGCGGGAAUGGGGCAGAGCUCAGGCAACCGGUAUGGCCCUGCCGCUGCUGCUGGGGCAGCUGCUGGCGCUCAUGGGCCACGGGGGCGCGUUCUACCUCGAGGUCCGCGAGCUGGAAGAGAAGUGCUUCAUCCAGGAGAUCCCCGAUGGUACCGUGGUCAUAGGUAAUUACAAGACGGAGCUUUACGACCCUGCUAUGGAAAAGUAUCAGCCCUCCCCACAGUGGAUCAAUUUGUUCGUGUUUGUGAAGGACCCCGAGAACAAGAAUCUUCUGGCCCGGCAGUAUGGCCCUCAGGGCAGCUUCACCUUCACCUCCCAGUCUCCAGGAGAGCACCAGAUCUGUCUCCACCUUGAGUCCAUCCGAUUCGCCCUCUUCUAUGAUGGCAAGCUGGCCAUUCACUUGGAUAUGCAGUUAGGUGAACACACCAAUGAUUAUGUGGAAUUUGCAGCCAAGGACAAGCUGACCCAGCUGCAUCUGCGUGUACAGCAGCUUGUGGAGCAGGUGGAGUUGAUCCAGAAGGAGCAGGAGUACCAGAGGUGGCGAGAGGAGCGCUUCCGGCAGACCAGCGAGAGCACCAAUCAGCGGGUGCUAUGGUGGUCCAUUCUGCAGACCCUCAUCCUUGUAGCCACAGGUGUCUGGCAGAUGCAGCACCUCAAGAGUUUCUUUAAAGCCAAGAAGCUGGUGUAGGUGGGCCCUGAAACCUAGCCCCAACUCAUUCUCCUUCUCUUAACUGAUGGAAAGUGGCCUGCCCUGGUCUGUUUCCUGGCUCCCAGUCCCCCAACCCUGCAGGGGUUCCUGGUACUGUCAGGGGGACAGAGGACUGCUUUGAACUGGUUUCUCAGCCAGCACUUGGGACAGGAGGGGUUUUCCGUACACACUUGGUUGGGGAGCUGCAGGAUUCUUUGUGGCUCUGUGCUUCGGAGGAGAGUGAGGGUACCCCAACCCUCCCCCGCCCCCACCAAAA